UUAGAAAAGUGAAAGCAUUUGGCAACUGCCAUGGACACUAGUGUGUUCACGAUUUUUCGUUGAAGAUGGAGGCCGAGGCGGAUUGGGAUGCCGAAGAUUUUGAACCCUCUGUCCCUGUUCCAGUUACGACUGCCAUAAUUUCAGAUAAAUGGGAAGGUGAGGAUGAAGAUGAACCUGUCAAGGAUAGCUGGGAAGAUGAAGAAACAGAAAAUAAGCCUGCUGAAGUCAAAGCAGCAGCCACAGCUACCAAAAAAAAGUCAAGUAAAAGAUUAGAAGAAAAAAUAGCCGAAAAAGAAAAGAAAAGCAGAGAAGAAGCUGAAGCCAGAAAAAUAUUGCAGGAAGCAAACAUGACACCUGAAGAGAGAAUAGCAGAAAAGCUUCGGAGACAAAAACUAGUUGAAGAAUCAGAUUUUGAAAUGGCCAAGGAAACCUUUGGAAUUACUGGUAGUUUGCCUACAGAGGGAAGCAUAGAUGAAGCAAACCCUUCAUCUAAAGAGGAAUUCUCAGAAUUCAAGAACAACUUGGUGAAAAAACUUCAGUCAUUGUCAACUAAAGCGUGCUAUAAUGAUUUUAUAGAGGACUUCAUUAAAGAUGUUUGCAUUGGAUUGGAAGUCGAAGUCCUUAGAAAAGUUAGUCUAACUACCAAAUCCUUGCACGAAGAAAAACUCAAGAUGGUGAAGGCGGCGACAAAAGGUGGAAAGAAAGGAAAAACAAAAGUUGCUUUAAAAAUGGACAAAGGAAUGGUCGACAACUUCGGUGAUGAUUUCGGAGGAGGAGACUAUGACGACUUCAUGUAGGGUCCAAUUGUUUUUCUUUUGUUUUUGGCGGGAAAAGGUUUAUUGGUAAAAUAAAUGUAUGAUUUUGCCAUUUU